AUGUUCUUUACAUUACCAUCUCCCAAAAAGUCUACGAUGGAUCCAGUUGUGACUUUGCUUGACCUAGCCCAGAACUCAACGCCCCGCUAUGAAGCUCACCAGAACAUCUUCGUAUCGCUCCGUGCGCAACCGUGCAGUAACGUGCACUCCGUCCUCGAGGAUGAGCGAUGUCUCUUCGUGCGGGAAACGGAGGAGUGCCGUGAGUCGAUGCACUACCUCGACUACAUGCACUUUGUCUACUGCAUCGUCGACAGUUCCAACUUGCUUCUGUUCGCGUCGGCCAUUGUUGCUUUGCUCCUCUUCGUGCUGCUACUCGGAACGCUCAUCUACCAUCUCUGCGUAACGCGCUACGUCGACAGCGUACUGUACGUGGCUAAAUCAUGGCGGCUGAACGAAUACAUUGCCGGUGUCACCCUGCUUACCUACGGCAAUGGUUUAGCCCAAGUGCUAUCAGAGCUAAAGCACCACACAUCCGGCGACACCGAGCUGAUCUACAACCAGUAUCUUGGCACUGCCGUUUAUCAAGUUUCCUUCCUAGCCGCACUCGUCAUUUGGACGGGUUCGUUUGCCAUCUAUCCGGAGGUGAUCGUGCCCAAUCUCAUCAGUCUCAUGAUCGUAUCGCUUCUCGUAGAAGAGUUUAUGUACGAUGAGCAGGUAGGAAUCGUGCAGACCACUACCUUGGGUGUGCUUUACCUUGCGUUUCUUGGAGCACUCUACACAACCGCUCGUGUGAUGGAUCGUGAGGGAAUUCGCUCGCGCAGUCAGAUAGACAUACGAGAUGCUGAUGGGAAGGUGUUUGACACUGAACUGACUGCAACGGUGGGAAACGUGGAUCAAGAGCAAAGUGCCAGUUGGCUAGAACAUGUCUGGCAGGGGUUGAGGACAUUUCGCGAAGAAGAAUUUCGUGCAGCACCGUGGUACAGGCAGGUGUAUCUCCUCUGCAGCAUUCCUGUGGAGGUUGUAGCGGUUCUGCUUUUACCUAAGGUGAACUUUGCGUUACCCUUACACGGUUGGAAUAAGUGUCUAUUCAUCGUGAAUCUGAUCCUAUUUCCAUUGUUUCUCAUCGGCACGGCACUCGGUAAGUCACCUCAACACACACUUGUUGUCCUUUUCUCAUCUAUUCUAUGCAUCCUUCUUUCAGUGGACAUGAUUUCCAGUGAGAAUCUAGGUUGGAUUUGCCUCGGAAGUCUCAUAGGCUCUGCCUGCUUCAGUGUGAUCGUCUGUUCCACAUCCUGUUACGAUCGCAAGCCUCCAUUUUUCACCUGCAUUGGGUUGUUUGCCAUUUUCGGUACCUCGUACGUAAUCAUGCUUCUGUCUUAUGAGCUGAUUGCCAUCCUGGAGGCAUUGUCCAUCAUCGCGAACGUUUCCUCAGCGUCCUUUGCCAUAACGAUACUCGCCUGGGGCAGCUGUUGGAUCGAUUUGAUAACAUUACGUACGCUAGCUGUGCGUGGAUACUCCCGGUUAGGCUUUGCCGCCUGUUUAGGUGCACCCGUUUUCAAUAUUUUAAUCGGACUCUGUACCGUGUUUUGUGUGCAAAUGAUACGAUCCGGCACGACCCAGAUUCACGUGCGCGAUGGAACUUCCGGUCCGACCUGUGCGAUCUAUCUGUUCGUCACUUCGAUGACAAUCUUGCUGUCGGUGCUGUUCACACGCUUCGAGGCUCGGAAAAGCAUUGCCUUCUGUUUAACGACGCUUUACGUCACGUUCCUCGCGUACGUUGCGUUCUGUGAGUUUGAGGUUACGCAUGGCUACGGUACGGAUCACAACGACGAUGGGGAAUACUUCCUGGACCGAGUCCCGGGACGCCGUGAGCACUAGAAGCAAA